AUGGAUGAAGCAUCUAGGGAAAUUUAUGCUUGUGGAGAAGGAGUUUUACAGGAUGCUAAGGGGAGAAUGUUGAUGGCCUUCUCUAUUUUCUUUCGCAUUGGAACUAAUAACAAAUUGGAGCUUUUGGCCAUUCAAGAAGGUCUUAGAUUAUGCAACAUUCUUAACUUUCAACCUUCUAGUAUAGAGGCUGAUUCUUACCUUGCUUUGUGUGGCUUGGAGGGAUUACAAAAUCUGUUAUGGCAUCUUACUUACAUUGCUUGGGAUUGUAGGUCUUUAUUGUGCCCGAGUAUUACCGCCAACCAUGUAUUCAAUGAAGGGAAUAAUGUUGUAGAUAGGUUGGCUAUAUGGGCCUUUCAACACUCCUCCACUCAAAUAGUUUUCAAACUUUCAAACAUCCCAGUAGUUGUGUCCAAGCUAUUCAAGAGGAUGCUAAUGGUGCUUACUUUUAUUGCAACAAGUGAGGAAAAUCAAUAUGUAGUCGAUAAUAGUGGCUAG